UCUCAGCUGUGCAGCUAGGUAAACAAACAGGAGAGGAGAGGAAACGAGUAUCGGCAGGCACUUUGCUGGCUCUCGUUCCGCUCGGGGAAGUUUUAUAUUGUUUAUAUCCGUUUUUUAUAUAAAAAAAUUUAAUAUCGCGUUUCGUAGAAACUUUUAAUACUUUGAUACACUGGUUUUGACAUUUUCUAACAUCGAAACCUGGCAAGGAUUGGCUGAGCUCGCUAGCUUGGAAACACUGGAUUUUUUCCCCCCUCUUCUUUCGACAAAGGCUGCUGAUGUGCCAGGGAAGACACUGAACAAAAUAAAACUACGCGCUUUUAAAGUACCAUUUAGUGUAGUAAUUACCGAUGCACUGUCUUCCCCGUAUUUAAAAGCGAGCGGUCGUUGGUACUGUUUGCAAAGCUAACGUUAAACGCUGAAGGAAGUAUAGCUAGUGUUAACGGCGGUCAGUCUCAGGAGAGGAUGACGGCUGUUCAGCUGAUAAAUAUCCAACGGUUACUAGAAGCUGCGGAAUAUCUCGAGAGGAGAGAAAGAGAGUGCGAACACGGAUAUGCUUCGACAUUUCCGUCAAAUCAGAACACAAACUACCAGAGGCAAAGAAAAUUCCGAAAUAAGAAGUUCAGCAGUAACCACAAUAGGUCCACACAUAAUGAGCUGGAGAAGAAUAGACGAGCUCACCUGCGGCUGUGUCUGGAGCGGUUGAAGGCCCUCAUACCCCUAGGACCUGACUGCAACCGCCACACCACCCUGGGUCUGCUCAACAAAGCCAAAGCACACAUAAAGAAACUUGAAGAGGCAGACAGGAAGAGCCAGUACCAGCUGGAGUCUCUGGAGCGUGAGCAGAGGCACCUCCAGCGCCAACUGGAGCUGCUGAGGGGAGGCAGUGGUGCUGCCACCCAGAGCAGCCCAGGAGAGGGGGAGAGGAUACGCAUGGACAGUGUGGGCUCCACCCUCUGCUCCGACCGCUCUGACUCUGACCAAGAGGAAAUUGAAGUGGACGUGGAAAGCACGGAGUUCUCCCAUGGAGAGCUGGACAGUGUGAGCACGGCCAGCACCAGCGACCUGGACGACCACAGCAGCCUGCAGAGCAUGGCCAGCGAUGAGGGCUACUCCUCCUGCAGUGUCAAACUUGCCUUCUCCUCCUAGAUCCCCACACGACCACUACCCCCGCCACCUCCCCGCCAAACCAUCCUGCCCUCCCACCUGUUUAUCCAUCCAGCCAUGCCUACAUACAGAUACCCAGUCACCUCAGAUGACGGCCAGGCCGCAAGGUAAUGGCUUUCCCAUCGCUCUGAGCAGCAUCCGCCUCCUGCUCCUAGCCUUUUAGUUGCCCCCCCCCCAUACCAACACCAGGGACCCAAACACAGUGAUGUGAGACUGCCAAUUGGUUUUGAUCUUCUCAAGGGGGGUCAGAGACUUGGUUGAUGUGAAAAAUCAUUCAUCAUCUUAAUUUUUAAACCCACAAUUGAAAUGAAUGAUUGCGUUUACAUCUUUUAUUUCCUUGAGCCAUCAAAUGUCUGAAUUUUUUAAAGCUUCACAAUCCCUAAUUUGAUCCCAAAUGCACUUAAAUUCAUAUGAUAUUGAAAUAAUUCAGACUUUCUGUUUGGUUCUCUCUUCUGUGUGCGUGUGUGUGUGUUGAGCUGAUCCUGUCUAUCCCAUCUUAAUGUUCUGGUGUUGGGCCUGGAUAAACAGGAGCACAUCUAAUCUGGACUUUAAUGGACACUGUGGGUGAACUUUGCCAUAUCAACACAGCUUGGUUCCUGAUAAACGUCCCUCCAGCCCUGAAUUUAAUCCUUGUCCUAUUUUUUUUUUUUUCAUUACCUCUGCUCGACACCGCAGAAGCUUGGACACUCGAAUUGGUGCUAUUGUGAAACAAACAAAUGGGGAAGCAGAUCAGAUCCACCACCACUAUGCUUUUAAAGCAAACAAAGCGCGUCUGCCGUGAUUGUUUCCAACCAGGCAUGGAGGAAAACAACCACAAAAAAUGGAGUAAAAAAAAAACAUUCCUGUCCAACGUGGGUGCUCAGUGCAUUUUCAAAGAGUGCAAAUUGUAACUUUGUGUGUGUGUUUUGUUUUGGUUUCUUUCCCCUUGACAAGCAGCUACGACAAGCCAUCCUGCACUUGCCUACUUUAGAGCUGUCCAUAGAAAUGGCACAAACCAAGAAGUAAGAAAAAAAAAACACAAAAAAACAACAGCAACAAGGAAAAAGUCCAACAACAACAACAAACUUUGGAAUAGGUGUCUGUCCUCUUCCCAGCAGUAACAAGCAAUAACUCUUGUAGUCGUUUUUUUCUCGUCAAUUUGAACUUCUGUUUUUGUUUCUCUUCUCCCCAAAGCCGUGUGUGACCGUCCAAACAAGCAAAUUUCUUGGUUUUGUUUUUUUCUUUCUUUUUUUUGUACAUACAAAUAGCUUAAUAAAUUAAACUUUAAAAAGGAGUUUUAAAAAAAAAGGUAGAGCUCAUGGAUAGAACUAUUGCCUCUGUUGCUGUUUGACCUGUGUUUCUUGUGUAUUUUAAAUGACAUUUUUGGAAAGAUUUUGUCCUCUUCAGAGUGGCAGUGGAUGUGGUAUGGACACUAUAUUGAUGGAAACAUUCAAAAGUUAUUCAUUCUGUUGCUGCCCUGAGAAGAAAAGAAAAGAAAAAAACGACAGAACAACUUACCGAGAUGCGACGCAGUAGGACUUCUGUUAGAGAAUGCUGAGUUUGUAUGGCACUCUUUCUAUUUAUUAGACUUUUUCUCUUGUUUGUAAUGUUCAUGAAUGGGAGAUAAAAAGCUGCAUAUGGCAUUCCACUGGUGGUCAGGUGAUCUGUGGAGGAAACGUCUGAAGUGUGGGGAGAAGAGAACGGGUUGAUUGAUGUCACUGUUCGCCAUCCCAACUCCACUGGUAUUAAGGAUUGCACUUCAACCACAGUUCUCUUUAUUAUAAUUUUUUUUCUCUUUUCCAUUGUCUUUUUCAGCGCUCCUAAAUCCUUUCAUGUGUGGAAGAAAAAAAAAACAACACCGCCCUUUUGAAUAUUUAUUUCUCAAUCCCUCAAAGAACACAAGCAAUGGGGAAAAGAAGUUAACUUAUUUUGGUUCUGUCUUAUUUUACUCCUCUUCUUCAUGCUUAUUCCUCAUUCCUUAUUUUACGAAUUGUAUAUUUUAUGGGUUAUUGUUAUUUUUUUUUUCCUUUUU